GUUUAGCUCACACUGACGUGCUGUGCUGCUGGAGGCGCCUGUGUGCACAGCCAUGGAUGGUGUGUUGGAGGGAGCGGCUGUGGUGUGUGUGUGUAAACUGGCCUGCAGUCUUCUCUUCCUGCCCAUGGUCACUGCUUCUCUAAGUGCAGUCAGCUUCUGCUGCAACUGCCUGCUGCUCUUCACAGACCUCGUAGUCACAACUAUCCUGGUUGUCCUCUGGUUUGCAGACCCCUGGCUACCUCAGUUUUCCAUAUCCACUGAUGUCAUCGCCCUGCGCUUCCUGCUCUUCCUCAGCCACACCUACUGGGCGGUGCUGCUGAUGACCACUCCUCUUGUUGCUGUGGAGACUGCCAUGAAGUUGCAGUGGCUCCAGGUCCAUGGUGGUGGAGGUAGAGCAGUGGAUGGAGACGCAGACGAACAGAGUAAAACUCUGGGCUCUAAAGCUCCUGCACCUCACAACAGUGUGACAGUGGAGGUAGAGAAUGGGCAGAGCAGGGUAACAGACACCCAGAGAGGAGGGAGAGAGGACCAGGAAAAGUGUCUGUCCCACAUCAUAUACUUCCUCUGCUGUCUGCUGGUGUGGGUUCUCUGUGGCAUCUGUGGGGGUCAGAGCUGGAGUCUUUGGGUGAAGGUCUGCAUGGAGAGGACCAGCUCCCUCACUCUGUGCCUUCCCAGCCUCCCCAACAACGUCCUGUCUGCUCUGAGUGAGCCCUGCUUGACCGUGACCUUGGCCCUCCUGCUGGUGUUGACGGUGGGCUUGGGCCUGCUCAGACGACACCUGGCCCACACAGAGACGGACCCACACACACCCCCAACGACAUACAAGGAGGAACAUGGCACUGACAUUCAACUGCCCGUACAAACAUUCCCUGCGCCAUGUAAGGCUGUGAACCCUGUGAUGUCAGCGGUGUCAGCCAUACAGUCUGUUGACCCAGAGACAACAUGGUCCAGAUGCUCCCUUCACAGCCCAUGUUCCGGGGAAAACAUACAGCUGUCACUGGCUCACCAUGGAUACCCUGUCGACUUAUCGCGGGAGUGUUUGUCAGUAGACAGACUACAGGAACACAAAGAGACAAAAGGACUGGGAGACAUGCCUCUCAGUACUACUGUGGAGGAACACACAGACUCUACCUACAAGAGCCAGUGUGGGCUGGGGCUGGGGCAGUGGGGCUUUCCCUGCCUGGGGGUAAACGUAAUGACAGGGUUUGUGUGUCUGCUCACCGUCUGUGUGUUACCUCUAAAUCUCAGUGUGAACAUCCUACUGAUCAGGCACAUAGAGACAAUGCUGGAGUGGAGUUUGAAGAUCUUAUUGUUUGUACCCAAAGAAGCCACAGACAACAGACGGCUCUCCCAGUCAAUGUAACACCGGCAUAAAGUCAGUGUACUGGACAAUAAACCUGGAUGGGGUAGUGUUAGAUACUAAGGUGUGGUUUGGGAAUGGGAUUGUGUUGAGAGGGAUUAAUUAGGUAUUGUCCGGUGGUGGGAUCAGAUGAAUAUUACAUGUAGACAGCUGGUCUACCUGUCAAUGAUAUAAAGUAAACAAUUCCCCUUUUGACUGUGACUGUCUAUUCAUGCGUGCCGAGUGAUCUCUGGGAAGCUGCUGAGGAGUGCUGAAAAGGCAGGUUGAGGCUUGCUUGCCAGAUCUAUAGACAUGCAACCUAAUAAUUAGUUUGCUAAAACAGUAUUGGAAUACAGUAACAGUACAUGGGGGUUCAGUUAUCUGGGGUGUGAUUGAGAUUAGUUUGAUUGGGGAUUAUCUGACUUCACCUUACCACAGCAAAAGGUAAGUGAUUAUAAUGUACACUUACCAAAAAGUGGCUCUCAACACUACUGCCGUUGGGCUGUAGCUAAGUAUAAAAGAACAACAAAGCUUUCUCUUUACUCAGGGGUUUACAGUCCAGGAAUUAGAUUCCACUUGAUCACAGGCACAGCUGGGAGCUGAAUAACAUCUGAGACACAUACAGGAACCAGGGAAAUGAUAUAUAUAAACCCUGUUCCGUCCCCUGCCUCACAUCGCAGACAUAUGCUACAUACCUCCUAACAUCAGGUUCAAAUGUCUCCAGAGAGGAUCCUUUUUAUUUUAUUUUACCAGGUAAGUUGACUGAGAACACAUUCUCAUUAACAGCAACAACCUGGGGAAUAGUUACAGGGGAGAGGAGGGGGGAUGAAUGAGCCAAUUGGAAAAUUGGAGACACUGAUAUUACCCAGGCCAACACCAGAGGGCAGCCUGCAGCCAGCAACAACCCCAGGCAGCUCACAACGUAGAGACCUCCGAAGCUCCCAGGCUAGAAUGUGUAUUCUAUACAGUACAUUAAAACAAGAGCUGGAGGGGAUUUCUUUGAACAAAGGAGUAACGUUUAGGUUGUGCUCCCCUUGAGAGAGCCAGAGGGCAAACACUGAGUCAACAGCAGGUAGGCCUAAUUAGCUACAUCUUCCCUGCUGCCAAAGUAUUCAGACCUGUACAGACAGAUACAGCGCAGAAUAAUGAUUCAGCCAGGAGCCCAGAACAAAAUGAGGCUGAGCUCACUCUCUAAACUCUCUGACACUGGAUGUAGAUUGGUAU